AUGAGAGUUCAUAAUUAUACAUCAGAGAGCCUCCAAAUUUUUCGUACCAGUCAGAGCAUAGCCACCACCUCGGUAGCCAGUGAACGUGUUUCUCCUUCUCACUCUCUUCGCACAUGCUACACUCCUAUUGCGAUAGAGCCUGCAAAUGUUUCUCAUACCAGUCAAAGCAUAGCCACCACCUCGGCAGCCAGUGAGCAUGUUUCUCCUCCUCGCUCUCUUCCCUCACAGGUGACUGAUCAGAGUUUGUCUGUAAUGAAGCCAAAGAAGCGCAAAAGUGAAGGUUUGGAUCUUUUGCCAUGGCAUAAAGAAGUAAUGCGUGGUUCUCAAAGGCUUCUAAACAUCAGGAUGGCAGAAAAAGACUGGGCACAUGCUACACAUCGGUUGUUAGAGAAGGUGGAAGAUGAAGUUGAAAUGGUCGAGGAUGGACAGCAAAUACUUUUACUGCGAAGAAGGCUUAUUCUGACGACAAAGUUAAUGCAGCAACUCCUUGGACCCCCACCUCCUGCAAUUCUUUCUGCAGAUGCCACUUCCUCCUAUGAGUCGGUGGUGUAUUUUAUUGCUAAAGUAGCUUUAGAGGACGCGUGCAUCAUGGUUCCUAGCACAGGAAGUGAUUUGAGCUCAACAGUAGACAACAGAAAUCAGACACCUGGAGAGCUUAAACUUUCUGAGAGACUGGGUGAUAAAUAUUUAUCGAAGUCAAAAAUUAUUGAAGACUUCACUGGUAGAGCGAAGAAGCUGGAAUCGGAUUUGUUGAGAUUGGAGAAGACUUGUUCAGUAUUGGACUUAAGAGUGCAAAGCCAGGAACUCGAAAAGAUUUCUGUCAUCAACCGUUUUGCCAAGUUCCACACCAGGGCCCAACCAGGUGGUGCUGAGAACUCAAUGUCCCCCAUCCCCCAAAGAUAUGUUAUUUCACUUUUAAUGCCUCGGAACUUACCCCAUGGGGUGCAAUGUCUUUCACUUUAAUCAAUCAAUAAUCAACCAGUUCAUUCCCCACUUCCCUUUAUCUCUCUCAUCUCAUUUGUUAUACUUGUAAUGCUGUUAUGUAUAAUCUGGAUGGAGAGAUUCAUGUAAAGAACAAGAACUAGCGUGAAGGGACUCGGAGUACUCUCUCUCUUGGGGGAGUCCAACUCUUAAUCUGUUCCUUGUAGUCUCUCGUUCUGAUAGUUGAGGCCACCUAUGUCAUUUUUCAUCAGUAUGCACAUAGCUUUAUAGUUCUUGGUUUUUUUUUUCUUUUUUUUUUUUCCCUACAAAGGAAAGAUAGUAACAGUUCCUGUACGAAGAUAGUAGAGAGACAGAAUGACAAGAAAAGUGAACUCUGAAUUCACGUGGUUCGGUGA